AUGCAUUGUGGGACUUUACGUAAACCCAACAUGGCGGCCGCCUGCGCCAGAUCGUUGGUAAAGGUCGGUUGCGCGAUUAUGGAGAGUACGGCACUACGGCGACCCGGCAACGGCGCUCGCCUGCCUGGGAACGCCGACUCCCAAGUGUCCCGGAGGUUCUACUACGGAGGCGGGACGGGAUCCCGCGCCGGAUUACUGUGGUCUGUGCGGGCAGGAGGAAGCCGAGCACUGGGCUGCGCCUUCCUGUUCGGCGCUGGUGUGGGGCUCUACCACACCGUUAAAUUCUACUGGGCUAAGCAGCAACACUUGGCACAGGAGCAAACUCAGGCGCCCACUAAGGGAGGUCCUUCGCCGUCAGCAUUCCCAUCCCUGACCCUGUACCAGUAUCAAACAUGCCCGUUCUGCAGCAAAGUCCGAGCCUUUCUAGACUACCAUGGCCUGGACUACCAAGUGGUGGAGGUGAACCCAGUCAUGCGAGGCGAGAUCAAAUGGUCAACUUAUAGAAAGGUUCCUAUCUUAAUGGUGGAUGAGAACAUGCAACUAAACGACUCCUCUGUCAUCAUAAGUUCACUGAAAACCUACUUAGUCAGCAAGGGUUCCAGUUUGUCUGACAUUUUGCGCUGCUACCCUGAGAUGAAGUCUGUCAACGAAAGGGGCAAGGAGGUGACGGAAUACAACAACAAGUAUUGGCUCAUGCUCAGUGAGGGUGACACGGCCGCGGUCUACCCCGACAAAGGCAUGCAGAAGGAGGAGAUGAAGUGGCGACAGUGGGCGGAUGACUGGCUCGUGCAUCUCAUCUCGCCUAACGUGUACCGCAGCACCGGAGAGGCCUUGGCGUCCUUCGAUUACAUUGUGCGCGAGGGCAAGUUCGGCACCCUGGAGGGCUUCUUCGCCAAGUACGUCGGCGCCGCUGCCAUGUUUAUCAUCGCCAAGCGUCUCAAAAGCAGGCACAAUCUUCAGGACGACGUGCGUCAGGACCUGUACAAGGCCGUCAAUGACUGGGUGGCGGCCAUUGGCAAGAAGCGCAAGUUCAUGGGCGGAGAGCGGCCCAACUUGGCAGACCUGGCGGUGUUUGGCGUCCUGCGUGUGAUGGAGGGCCUGGAGGCCUUCGAUGACAUGAUGGCCAACACCAAAGUAAAGUCGUGGUACCGCCGCAUGGAGAUGGCCACGCGCAACCAUCAGGGACGCUCACAGUUGUCACGGUAACCACAUUGUUCACCAAAUGGAAGCUGCUUUGCAGAGGACAUGGGGGAGCUAACGGAGCAAAUUGUCUUUCUCCGGAAAAUUGCAUGGUCAACAUUCAAUGCAGUUGAAGGUGGAUUUUUACACAUUAUGUCAAAGUUUCAUUUGAGUUCCUUAAUGAGUCCCCAAAUACAUUAAAAAAAAAAGGACAAUUUAUCUUUGUGUUGCGCUUCCACGAUGCAGGAAGGUGAUGCUGCCGUUAGAAGGCGCUCUUGAGGUGACGUGCGUCUGAAAUUGAAAAUAUGUUGAAACGGUUAUUACUAACUAAAAUGGACUUGAAAUGUAGAUGUGCGUACUGGUAAAAAGCAUCAAUAAAUAAAAGAAUGUGA